AAUAACAAUAAUCACGACAUUUAACACAAUUCAUCCACUAAAGGGACAGAAAUAAGCCAACUGUAAAAUUAAUUCACGCAGUGUAUUUACACACAGCGCGGCUCUGAUCUCGCGAGAUCUGGCGGAGCGACGUGAACUCCUGUGAGAAGUGGAGCAGUGUUGCCAAGUCCUCGUUUUCCCCGCGGCAUCGGGUUACUCCGACGUCUUUGCCCGAGUUGUGUUUCACGCCCGACUCUAACAACGCGACGUUUUCUAGCGAUUCUUCGUAUCGGGAAAACAUCGACUCGGUUUGCUCUGUGGCCAUCUAGCGGCCAUAAAGAUAAACGACUCGCUCAGCGUCUGACGUCACGGAUCACGUGUUCGUGGCAAAAACGAAUCGAGCUCCGCUUCGGCGUGAAAUGUGUUGCUCUUUGCUGCAAGCUCCGAAGCUUUGGUGUCGAACGUAACGUCGCUAUUAUCAUCAUCAUCCCCUGCGAUGCGAACGUCGCCGGGGGGAGCUCGCCCAGAAACGCGCGGUUUGCCCCCAGAACGAGUUUUUCACCGGGGGAGCCGGGUUUGAGCAGCGGCGGGGAGGGUUUCGUCGCGGGAACCUGGCAACCCUGGAGCGGAGCCCUACGCUCGGUUAUUUGUGUUAUCGGAGCGCGCGCGCUGCGGGUUUCAGGGGGUGUGCGAGCGAGCGAGAGCGUCGCGAGCCACAGCGGAGGCAGGCGAGCGAGGCGGACCCGGCGAACAUGGCAUCCGGCGAGACGCUGUACAUCGAGGCGGACGGCUCGGAGAUGCCCGCGGAGAUCGUGGAGCUGCACGAGAUCGAGGUGGAGACCAUCGAGACCACGGUGAUCGGCGGCGACGACGACGACGACGACGAGCAGCAGCCCAUGAUCGCGCUCCAGCCGCUGGUCACGGACGACCCGAGCCAGCUCCACCAGCACCAGGAGGUGAUCCUGGUCCAGACCCGCGAGGAGGUGGUCGGCGGCGACGAGUCGGAGCUCCGCGGGGAGGACGGCUUCGAGGAGCGGAUCCUCAUCCCGGUGCCCGCGGAGGAGCACUACAUCGGGCAGACGCUGCUCACGGUCGCGGGGAAGAGCUCCGCGGGGCGGCUGGGGAAGAGAGCGGCGUCGGGGGGCAAGAAAGCGGGCAAGAAGAGCUACCUGAGCGCGGCGGAGGCCUGUGGGAGGAAAUGGGAGCAGAAGCAGGUGCAGAUCAAGACUCUGGAGGGCGAGUUCUCCGUCACGAUGUGGGCUUCGGAUGACAAGAAGGACAUCGAUCACGAGACGGUGGUGGAGGAGCAGAUCAUCGGGGAAAACUCUCCUCCGGACUUUUCGGAGUACAUGACGGGAAAGAAGCUCCCGCCGGGCGGAAUCCCGGGGAUCGAUCUGUCAGACCCGAAGCAGCUGGCGGAGUUCGCCAGCCCCUUCAGUCACAGCGGAGCUGGUUUUGCUCGUAGUCCCGUCCGAAUGAAGCCGAGGAAGAUCAAGGAAGACGACGCUCCUCGGACGAUAGCCUGCCCGCACAAAGGCUGCAGUAAAAUGUUCAGGGAUAAUUCAGCCAUGAGGAAGCACCUGCACACUCACGGCCCGCGGGUCCACGUCUGCGCCGAGUGCGGCAAGGCCUUCGUGGAGAGCUCCAAACUCAAGCGGCAUCAGCUGGUUCACACCGGAGAGAAACCCUUCCAGUGCACGUUCGAGGGCUGCGGGAAGCGCUUCUCCCUGGACUUUAACCUUCGGACACACGUCCGGAUCCACACCGGAGACCGGCCCUACGUCUGCCCCUUCGACGGCUGCAAUAAAAAGUUUGCUCAGUCCACCAACCUCAAAUCACACAUCCUGACACACGCCAAAGCCAAGAACAACCCCUGACAGGUAUCAGACUCCUUCACGGAUGAUGCUUUUUACCACAGAGACCAACCGGAACGCUUCAUUCUUUUCCACGUUUACUUCGGCCUCUCGCCUCUUCAUACACAUAUAGCUUUUAAUUUUCUAUUUCUCCAAGUGUGCAUAUUGUACACUGAUUUUGGGGUGUGCUUCAGGAUCAUGCUGUUAGUUGUUGUGACCUGCUGGACGCUGUGGGUCGUGUUGAUCUGCUUUCUUCACCGGUUGCUUUCGUCCUCUCUCUCGAGUCGCACCACGCUGAACCGCAGUGUUAACUGUCGUUUUUUCUUUGUUAGAAUGUAUCGUAAAGGUCUGAACCAUGAGCUAUCCUUUGUUAAUAUUUACACCUCACCUGUAUUUCAGCAAACUACAAUUAAAGAGGGAAAAAUC